AUACUUAGUUUGUCAACAAAUGUGGAAGAGUGAUAGUGCACUUUUCUUGAGGUUUUUGAAAGAAUCCAAGCCGACUCGUUCGUAAUUUUUUACGUGAUGGCUGGUUCUUCUUUUGGAACGAUGAUACCCUUGAUAAUACUACUUUUCAUUUGCAAGUCUCAUCAAGUGCUAGAUCCUAGUCAGCCGAGAAUAGCGAUUGUUGGUGCUGGAAUCAGUGGAACUUCGGCUGCUUACUUUUUAAGUAAAACUCCAGGACUCAACCCUAAAAUUGAUGUAUAUUCCAAAGACCCAGUGGGUGGAAGGAUGGCGACUGUCAACAUUCAAGGAUAUGAUUUUGAAACUGGAGGAUCAGUCUUGCAUCCAAGAAAUAGAUAUAUGAAACAGUUUGCUGAACAAUUUGGGUUCAAGCGCAAGAAGGGUAUUAGUGGCAAAUUUGGUCUCUAUGAUGGUUCUCACUUUGUUUACAGUGAAGGAGACUGGAGUGUCAUGAAUGUAGCCUCUCUGCUCUGGCGUUAUGGCUUCAGCCUCUUGAAAGUCAAUACAUUGGUAGGAGAAAUGCUAAAUCAAUUUGAAAGAAUCUACAGUUUCCAAGAUGAUGGGUAUUCCUUUUCAAAUGUUGCCGAUUUGUUAUCCGCCAUGGAUCCAUCGUUCAACUUGAUGUUGGAACGUUCUUUGGAAGCAGGUCUAAAACACGCCGGUGUGUCUAAUCUAUUCAUUGAAGAACUGGCAAAUGCCAUCAUGCGAGUAAAUUAUGGUCAGUCGUCAGAUGCCCAUCAGUUUGUAGGAAGUGUGUCUUUAGCUGGAGCGGAAACUGGAUUGUGGUCACUUCAUGGCGGUAACAAAAAGAUUCCGCACGCCUUACUUAAUGCUUCGGGAGCGAGUUUUCACAAUGAAGAAGUAGAGGCCAUCCAUUUGAACUCGGAUGGAAGAUUCAGCCUUCGCUUUAAGGAAAAUGAUGAAAUGCCAUUGUACGACGCUGUAAUAUUGGCUACUCCUGUGACGAAUGACACGUCAAUGUUUGGAUUCGAAAAUUUUCCACGCCAAUUCCAUUUUCCUGGUCGCUUUCACCAGACAGUAUGCACCAUGGUUCAAGGAGAUGUCAACUACGAAACGUUUCAGUUUGCUGAUUCAAGUUCAGUCAUAGAUGACAUCUUCACUACCAAUCGCACACUUUUCUUCAAUUCACUAGCCAGGAAUUAUCCAGUCGACAUUGAUGAUGGUGCUGAAGGUGCUCCGUCAGUAUGGAAAGUGUUCUCUAACGAGCCUCUUUCGAAAAGGGAACUCGAUAUACUAUUCUCCACCAUCAAUGAAACAUUCGUCAUCAAAUGGAAAGCUUAUCCGGAAUAUGACGGGACAACAUCUACUGGAAAUUUCACGUUGCAUCCGGGUCUGUAUCAUAUCAAUGCAAUUGAGUUCGCAGCAUCGGCUAUGGAAAUGGGAAUCAUCGGAGCCAGAAAUGUAGCACUGCUGGCAGCUAGUCAUCUUGGUGUCGACGUACAGGAUCGUAAGACGCAAAGUUUUCACAUUGAGUUGUAAACACUCAGAAAGUUUUUCUUGUAAACAUUUCUCGCAAAAUUGGAAAAAGAUUCAAAUGAGAUGUAAAAUAUAUUCUUUGUAGAAACUAGUAAACAAAAAUCCCUUGUAGAAGCAGGUUUCUACUUUUCAUAAUAACUUAAAAAAUACAAAAUGAUAAACAUC